CUGGUUCUAUUAAUUGAGUUUUGAUAAAAUUGAAUUUCUGAGAAAAACAGUUUUGAAAUGGAGAGGUGGGUUGUGGACAUAUCCGAGUGGGACCCAACCCCCCAAGACUUGUCCUUCGCCCUCUCUGUUCUUCCUCCAUCUCAGCAAUCCUCCGUCACCAGAUAUGUACGUCUGGAAGACCGGAAACGGGCACUUGUGAGCCGGUUGCUUCAGUAUGCUCUUGUACACCAAGUCUUGGCAAUCCCGUAUGAUCAGAUUGUCAUUAACCGCACCUUGGAAGGCAAACCGUAUCUGGAAUGUGAUGAAGUUUGCGUGGAUUUUCCCAAUUUUAAUUUCAAUGUAUCGCAUCAUGGUGACUAUGUGGCUAUAGCAUCAGAACCUUUAUGCCUUGUGGGGGUUGACAUUGUUUCCAUAGUCAUUCCUCAGGAUGAGACUGUCAUAGAAUUCCUUCAAAGCUUCUCCUCAUACUUUUCAAGUUUUGAAUGGCAUAACAUUUGCACUGCUGGCACAAACAAUGAUAUGCUGAUUGAGUUUUACAGAUAUUGGUGUCUGAAAGAAGCUUUUGUCAAAGCAAUUGGGAGUGGACUGGCAUAUGAUUUGGACAAAGUGGAAUUUCAUCACAGUUGCUGGGCAAACAUUUCUGUUAACAUUGAGGGCAAGGCUACGAGAGAGUGGCGCUUUUGGCUUCUAGAUUUGGGAAAGAAUCAUUUGGUAUCCAUUGCAAGGGGUCAUCCAAGAUCAGCUUCUGGGAGUUACAUGAGAACAUUAAGACGAUCGGAGUUUGAUGAAAAGGAAUAUCAUGCAGCUCUUCAUCUUCCAAAUGUAGGGUUUGUCUCGAGAACUGUAGAACAACUAAUUCCGGUUUCACACAAAGCCCCUGUACAUCACACCUAGAAGUUUAUUUAUGAUGUCACUGUAGCAGGCUGUCUUGUACAGAAGUCAGAAAAUAUGAAAAUCAAACAGUAGCAGCACUUUCAACAUACGCUGCAGCACAGUGCCUCUCCCAUCACCAUAUUACAGUAUGCAUAUUGUACCUAGAAUAGUUCUUUUAUUAGAGCCCACUGACAAGCUACUUUUGUUGA